UUAAAAAUCAGCUUCAGUUGCUGUAUGUACUCCAACGCUUUACCAAGCAGAGGGAAAGGAAUCAGAGAGAAAAAAUAAAGAUUAUUCUUCUUUUCUGGGUAGCUGAAGCAUGAACAAGGCGGAAUUCACCACUGUUGCAGGAUUUGCCAUAUUAUUGCUGUUCCACACGACCCAAACUCAAGUCUGUCCUCCUUCCUGCAACUGUAAGAAAAUGGAAGAAAUGAAGGGUUUGCAGAUAGAUUGCAGCUCAAGGAAGCUGAAGGAAGUGCCUGCCUUGCCUGUUAACACCAGGAAGCUUUAUCUGCAGAAUAACAGCCUGACCACGGUUCCUCCUGGUGCCUUGGACGGCUUACUCAGCCUGGAGGAGGUGAAAAUAUUUGACAAUCCUUGGAACUGUGACUGUCAUAUUCUUUAUUUAAAACUCUGGUUAGAAGAUAUCUCUGAGUCCUCUCUUGCAAACGUCAGAUGUGCGACCCCAGCUUCCAUUACGAUGAAGCCCUUGAGGCAGCUGACCGGGAAUGAGCUGGGCAUCUGCAAGAGGCUUCUCCCAAUCAAAAGUCUUGAGUUCUUUUGGCGAGACCUCAUUUUAAUUGUUGUAGCAAUAACUACACUUAUUUUACUAGCAUGGGCUAUGAAAUUCUCAAAAAAGCUGGUCUACCAAAUAAAUAUGAGCCAAUAUGAUUUUAGUGGCCCACUGUUGCAGAGGCAGAGCUUCAUAAACCGUAAGUUACAGUGAGCUGUUCACUACCGUUAGCUUCACCAGAAACAUCAACCUCCCCUACCACAAAAAAGCACAUGCACUGGCAACACUAGUUUUAACGGUAAACAUGAUACAGAGAGAUCCCCAGCCACAACGUCUGGGUCCCCAGAUAGGCAAGUUUGACUUCAUUUCAUUUCCAAAACCAGCUUGGUGAUGUAUUGAUUGGCAAGCUCCACUCUGCCACUACCUACUCAUAUGGAAAAUAGUUUCUAAAUAUUUUUAAAUCACUUAAUUCAGCAUUUUUCCACUGAAUUCUUAGGUCUUCUAGCAAGAAGAUUUACACACGAAACAAUCAACACUUUUUAAUAUAUGGAUAUGAAUACCGACUGUACUAUUUUAGCAAUUUAUUUCUCAUUCUGAAGCUGUGUAAGCUUGUAACCUGGUGUCCCUACACAGUGUCCCAUGGCCUCGGUAGACCCAUUCUUGCAUGCAAAGUCAACUAUCUCUUCAUGAUGGAGUUCAACGCCUGAACUUCAGGUUCAGGAGUUCCCUCGCAGCAGAACCACUAUGAUUAUACAGGCCAGCCACUGAACGUAUCCCUUAAUGAAUAUGUUUACAGACUGACUGGUAAUGAGAAUAUAUCUGGUAAAAGUAAUUUUAAAUAUUGCUGAAUUUCAUAGAGAGUGAACAAUAAAAAAGCAUUCUAUGUGAAAUUAAAAUAAAGAGCGCUUAUUGAACAUU